UCCUCGUCAACUGAGUUUCUUGACUCUCCACUUCAUAAUAUUAACUUCAUUCUAAACAAUUAGAAAGAACAAAUUAUACAUGUCUCCAUAAACAUAAAGAAUAUUAGUUGUUUAAAGAAGAUAUAUUAUUUAGAAUAUUAAAUAUACCGAAAAAAUAAUUAUAUGUGUGUGGGCGAGUACCCAUAGGACGGGUUAUCUAAACUCAAACCCAACCCGACCCAGUGAAUAGUGUAGCGGGUUUAAACCAAAACCCGAUCCAAAAUCCGUCAACACGGAUUUUACCUGCGUUGACCAGGUUGGAUCGGGUGGGUACCCGUGGGUUCGGGUGUUGUUGCUAUCCCUAGCCACAGCCCACCUUCCUCAAUCCGCACCUGACACCUAAUGCUAACAAGAGAGAAUGAGAGAUUGAAAAGUUUGAAAUGAUAUGUGUAUUUCCUUUUCGGACCCGUCCAUUUAUAUGGAACCACGACACCACGUUAUCUCCAAACUAAUCACAGAAAGAACUAUCUCAGCCCCAAAAACAAUGGCUCCCAAUUCCACCCUACCAGAACUAGCGACGGAGUUCCCCGGCAUGAUUCGCGUCUACAAAGACGGCACCGUCGAGCGCCUGCGGGAUACCGAUUUCGCCCCUCCCUCCGCUGCCGGCGGCGUAUCCUCCAAGGACGUGGUCUUCCUCCCGGAGCUCAACCUCUCCGCCCGCCUCUACCUCCCCUCCAUCUCUGGCCACCGGAAACUGCCUCUCUUACUCUACUUCCACGGCGGCGGCUUCUGCAUCGCCUCCCCCUUCUGCGGCAAGUACCACCGCUACGUGUCCCGCCUCGCCGCCGAAGCCCAAGCCGUCGUCGUUUCGUUUGACUACAGGAAAGCCCCCGAGCAUCCAAUCCCAGCCGCGUACGAGGACUCCUGGGCCGGGCUCCAUUGGGCCGCCUCGCAUCGGGCCGGAAACGGGCCCGAGCCUUGGCUAAACGACCACGCAGAUUUCAACCGUGUUUUCUUAGCCGGCGAGAGUGCUGGAGGAAACAUCGUCCACAACUUGGCGAUGGCAGCUGGGAAUCCGGAUUUCGGGCUUCAAAUGAGCCUUCUCGGGGUUGCAUUGGUGCAUCCAUACUUUUGGGGGUCUACGCCGAUUGGGUCCGAGCCCAUUUAUCCACAACCGGAUGCAAAAGCAGCGACGGAGAGGUUGUGGCCGUUUAUUUGUCCGUCAAGCCCGGAUAACGAUGACCCACGAGUGAACCCGAUGACUCCAGAUGGGCCGAGUUUGGUGGGCUUGGGCUGCAAGAGGGUGCUGGUUUAUGUGGCUGAGAAGGAUUUGCUCAAGGACAGAGGGUGGCUUUAUUAUGAGGCAGUGGGGAGGAGUGGGUGGAUGGGAGUUGUGGAGAUUGGUGAGACUGAAGGUGAAGGCCAUGGCUUCCACUUGUAUGAUUUGGAGAGUGAAAAUGCUGAGGCUUUGAUCAAAAGGUUGGCGGCUUUCUUUAAUAGAGAGAUGCCUUCACUUCCUUGGUAAUCAACCGUAGUUGGGCACAAUGUAGAAGGUGGUUUCCUUUCUAAAGUUGUGAAGCAUGCCAUUUUUUUUAGUCAAUAAGAAAGUCAGUGAAAUUUGUGUAUUUUAGUAAAAUUUAAAACGUGUC